CUCAUCGCUCUAGCUUCAUGCCCCCCAUCGCCAUAGCCUGCCAGCCAGCCAGCCAGCCAUGAUUUGGUGGCCGCUCCGUCGGCUCGGGUUCCUCGGUUGAUGAAAUAUAGUCGGCCCAGUUGAUAGCUGGCGUCGUGCUUUAUAUGUGGGCGGUGAUCACUUGAGGAGUGACACAGGUUACGAGUCUGGAAUCCGCAAAGUGAUUGAUGGUAGACUCGAAGCUUGAGGAGAGAGAGUUAGAGGGAGAGGGGAUUGCGAUUUGUUUGUGUGCUGCUCCAUAGUGGACUAGUGCCGUGGGUCGAUGCGCCGGUGUGAGUUCCAGUAAGACAAGGUAUCCUUACAGCAGCAGCAGCAACACCCGGGGGCAAGAAGAGAGUUGUAGGUUGGUGUGGGAACGAAGUGCCGGUUCGGGGCAGUGACGAGACGCUCAGCAUAGAAAGUCUCUUGUAUCUCUGUACAUAAAGGAGUUUCUGGGUUUAAUGCCGCGUAGUUUUGUGCGUACUCGAAAUAUUUGUCGACUAAUUUCUGGACAUCGCUGUGUCUAUCCCUUAAGUAUGUAUUGAAGACAAUACUAUCGACUCGAUUUCGUAUUGAACAGCACGCGGUUUGGUGUGAGCACUGGUCAACCACAUCCCGACUUUGUGGAGAGCUUGCGAAUAGGAGGACCAGGCGCGAGAGCGAGUGCGAGAGAGUCAAAGGGAGAUAGAGAAGAGAGAGAAGAGUGGAGAAGAAGAGGACUUUUGGCCAAAUGGCUUCGAGGGAAGAGAAGGCCUUCACGAAAGGGAGCCAAGCAGACCAGGGGGUUCACUUCAGAGGCGUGAGGAAACGGCCCUGGGGUCGGUUUGCAGCUGAGAUCCGUGAUCCAUGGAAGAAGACCCGCGUCUGGUUAGGGACAUUCGACACCGCAGAGGAAGCUGCAAGAGCCUACGAUAGUGCUGCAAGGGCAUUGCGGGGCUCGAAAGCAAAGACCAACUUCUCAUGUCCUCCCUCCAGCGACGACCAGAGCACGAGCCAGAGCUCCACCGUGGAGUCAUGGUCUACGCCCCCGAGCGCCCAUAAUGCUUACCUUCCUCAUCAUCAACACCAGCAACCCUUAAAAAAUCCCCAUACCUCUCACCACCAACUCCUAAGACCCACUGCUGCCUCGGAAGCAGACUCAUGGCGCACCCGCCUUGACCUCAACCUUUCGGCCAUGGCGUCACAAGAUCACCAUUACCAGGUUCAAGAGAUGGCUCAGGUUCUAAACGAGAGCAUUAGUGCCGGUCGUUCCUAUGUUUCACCUGGUGGAGGUAUCGAGCUUGCGUACUCUGGCAAGCGCCCUUCCUCUACGCCCGUCCAAACCCUCUUUCAGGAUGCCAUGGGGAUUGCAUCCAAAAGUGUCAAGAAACCCCUAACUCAUUCCGUGCCUGUCCUCGAGGUUUCGCCAUCUCAAUGGUCGAUGGACGGUCGUAGAGACCAUAAUGCAGCCCUCGUCAUGGGCUUUCAACCGACCUUGCUAGCACCUGGAUCUGCCACAACGCCUGAGGCGAGAGCUUGCUCCAGUGACUGCGACUCCUCCUCCUCUGUGAUUCUCAAUUCAGAGAGUCCAGAGAUUGUAGCUGCAUUGCUACAAAAGACUAAUCCUGCUGCGCGAGAAAGUCCCCCUUUUUUGUUGGACUUGAAUUUCCCCCCUUCCUCUGAUGAUCAGCCAGCCGACAAGGCCGUGGACAAUUUUUGCUCGUCUAGGCCACGGUUGUCAAAGUUUUUUGAUUGAGUAGCUUGUUCCAGAGUUUAGACCACAUCGUAAUUUAGCAGCUGCCGCGACAGAGCUUCUGACUCUUGCAGUUUACAUGCUUGAAGAAGCAAUUACAUUACAAUUCUUUUAUAAAGAGACAUGGUUAGUGUUACACUAUUCACGCGUAAUGCUCGCUCUCACUUACAAAUCA